GCUUCACCCAACUUUCCCGUUCAAUAUGAUAACAACGCCAACUGCUCCUGGGUUGUCACGGCAACAGACACGUCCAAGGCGAUCAAGCUGACAUUCGAGAGCUUUGACCUUGAGCAAGGUUAUGACACUCUCACGGUGGGAGAUGGAGCUUCUGUCGGGGACCAGAAAACUGUUUUUCACACACUGACAGGCACCACAACGCCGGACCUGGUGAUCAGCAUCAGUCACCAGAUGUGGCUCAACUUCAAGACAGAUGACAGCAGUGUGUCGUAGGGCUUCAGGGUCUUGUAUGAAGAGAUGGAGCAGGCUGGCUGCGGUGACCCCGGUGUGCCCCCCCACGGCAGGCGGCGAGGCUCCAGCUUCCUGCACGGGGAUCAGCUGCAGUUCGAGUGUCUCCCUGCCUUCGAGCUGGUCGGCCCGAAGAACAUCACGUGUCUGAGGAACAACCAGUGGUCGGCCAAGAAGCCCAGCUGCACGUUCUCUUGUCUCUUUAACUUCACCGCCCCAUCGGGCGUCCUGCUGUCACCCAACUACCCCCAGAACUAUGGCAACGGCAUGAACUGCGUGUGGCUGAUCAUCGCCCCCCUUGAACGCCGCAUCAGCAUCACCUUUAAUGACCUGAGUAUGGAAAAGUCCUUUGACUUUCUGUCCAUCAAGGAUGGGGGCGGGGCUGAAUCGCCCGUCCUGGGCACCUUCUCGGGUGACAGUCUGCCCUCGCCCAUCAGUACUCGCACACAUGUGGCCCGCCUCGAGUUUCAGACGGAUCACACCACCACCGGUCGGGGAUUUAACAUCACUUUCACCACUUUCGGGCAGAAUGAGUGCCCUGACCCCGGUGUGCCAGUGAAUGGGAAACGUCUGGGCACCAGUCUGCAGCUGGGCACCUCGGUGAUCUUCGUGUGCCUGGAGGGCUUCAUCAGAACACAGGGAGCCAUGAGCAUCUCCUGCAUCCUGAAGGAUGGGAUGGUGCUGUGGGACAACGCUGCUCCACUCUGUGAAGCUCCCUGUGGAGGAGCUCUGAAGGCCCCCAGGGGGGUCAUUCUGUCCCCAGGAUGGCCAGAGCACUACAAGGAAGGUCUUAACUGCGAGUGGAUCAUUGAGGCCCCCCCCGGCUACCCCAUCAAGAUCGAGUUUGAAACGUUCCGCACGGAGGUCAACUAUGACGUGCUGGAGGUGCGGGACGGCCGCUGGCCUUCGUCUCCGCUGAUCGGCAGCUACCACGGCACCCAGGCGCCCCUCUUCCUCUUGAGCACCUCCAACUUCCUGCACCUGCUCUUUUCCACUGAUAAGACCCACUCUGAGGCCGGCUUCUUCAUCCGCUACGAGAUUGUUCAACAGCGGUCGGAUCACUGCGUCGAUCCCGGGGUCCCUGUUAACGGCCGCCGUCACGGCGAUGACUUCUACGUGGGGGCGCUGGUGACGUUCGGCUGCGACUCGGGGUUCACCCUCAGCGACCUGGAACCUCUGGAGUGCGAGCCCAACUUCCAGUGGAGUCGUCCCCUGCCCAGCUGCGAUGCUCUGUGUGGGGGCCACAUCCGGGCUCCUCGCGGCACCAUUCUGUCCCCUGGCUUCCCUGACUUCUACCCACACAACCUGAACUGCACCUGGGUGAUAGAGACCUCCCAUAGGAAAGGUGUGCAGCUCACCUUCCACAUCUUCCACCUGGAGAGCCCCCAGGACCACCUGCUGGUGACGGAGAACGGCAGUUUCUCCCAGCCACUGUGGCGCCUGAGCAGCUCCACACUGCCCCUCCCGCUCAACGCUGGUCUCUUCGGCAACCACGCGGUCCAGCUGCGCUUCCUGUCCGACUUCUCCGUCUCCUACGAGGGCUUCAACAUCACCUUCUCAGAGUACGACUUGGAGCCGUGUAACGACCCUGGGACACCAGCUUUCAGCACCCGUAGGGGUGUCCGGUUCGGCGUGGGUGACGCCUUGCUCUUCUCCUGCCUCCCAGGUUAUCGUCUGGACGGCCAAGCUCAGAUCACCUGCCUGGGGGGGCGGCGCCGGCUCUGGAGCUCCGCCCUGCCAAGGUGUGUGGUCGAGUGCGGCUCCUCGGUGACGGGCGCCCAGGGCCUCCUGCUCUCCCCCAACUACCCCGCCCCCUACAGGAACGAGCACGAGUGCAUCUACUCUGUUCGCACACAGUCAGGCAAGGGGCUCCAGCUGAGGGCUCGCGACUUCCUCCUGCAGCAGGGCGAUGUGUUGCGGGUGUAUGAUGGCACCAGUAACCGGGCUCGACUCCUGGGCUCGUUCUCGGGCACCGAGCUCCUGGGGGUCACUCUGAACAGCACGUCCAACUCUCUGUGGUUGGAGUUUAUCAGCGACGCAGCCAACACCAGUCGGGGGUUUGAGCUGCACUUCAACAGUGUGGAGCUGGACAAAUGUGAGGACCCAGGGACCCCCCCGUUUGGCUACAGGCAGGUGGAUGGCGGUCGCUCUGCUGGCAGCUCGCUGCUGUACAGCUGUGAUGCGGGAUACACACUGAGGGGCAGCGCUGUGCUCACUUGCCUGAUGGGGGACAGGAGAGUGUGGAGCAGCCCCCUUCCACAGUGUGUGGCUGAGUGCGGGGGACACAUCAAGGGCGAGGCUACCGGCCGCAUCCUGUCUCCAGGUUAUCCAGCGCCGUACGACCACAACCUGCAUUGUGAGUGGAUCAUCGAAGCAGAACCUGGAAGCACAAUUGGGCUGCACUUCCUGCUGUUCCACACGGAGGAGGUUCGCGACGUGCUGCGGAUCUGGGACGGCCCCCAGGAGGGCGGGACUCUGCUGCAGGAGUUGAGCGGCUCAGUGCUGCCCCCCGACACCCACAGCACCUUCAGCACCGUCAGUUUGCACUUCACCACCGACUUCUUUACCAGCAAGCAGGGCUUUGUUGCACAAUUCUCAGUAUCUACCGCCACCUCCUGCAAUGACCCAGGCUCACCAGCCAAUGGAACGCGCCGUGGGGAUGGCGUGGCACCAGGCGACCAUGUGCUCUUCCAGUGUGACCCCGGCUAUGUCCUGCAGGGCUCCAGCAGGGUUACCUGUGCAGAGGUCAACAGCCGCUUCUUUUGGCAGCCAGAUGUUCCUCACUGCGUAGCACCAUGUGGAGGUCACCUGUCAGGCGCAGAUGGACUGGUCCUCUCUCCAGAAUACCCAGAGCCUUACCCACAUGGCCAGGAGUGUGACUGGACCAUCACCGUGAAGCCCGACUACAUUGUUCUCCUCUUCUUCAAGCAGUUCAGCCUGGAGCCCAGCUACGACUUCCUCCACGUCUACGAUGGGCCAGACUCCCUUAGUCCGCUUCUGGGAAGCUUUUUUGGGACUGAUGUCCCUGAGCACCUUGAGAGCAGCUCCAACACACUCUUCUUGGCUUUUCGCAGUGACGCCUCCCAGAGCAGUAGUGGCUUUGUGCUCCAGUACACUGCUCAGUCGCACUGCCUUAAUCUCUGUGCAGAGAACCCAAGAGAGUCGUGCUUCCAGCCAGACCCGGUUCAAAACGGAACCCUUAUUGGUACCGACUUACGAGUGGGAUCCAAAGUCACGUUCAGCUGUGACAGCGGUUACAUUAUCCAGGGAGACGCCACUCUCACCUGCACCGUGGGGAAUGAUGGGAGGUUAAUCUGGAACAAACCUCGGCCACAGUGCACAGCUCCUUGUGGAGGGCAAUAUUCUGGGAUGGAAGGCGCAGUGUUAUCCCCAGGUUACCCUGGUAACUACACCAGUAGAGGGAGCUGCCUGUAUUUCGUGGUUGUGCCGGAGGACUACGUGGUCUUUGGCCAGUUUCUCUUCUUCCAUACGGCCAUGAGUGAUUUUGUUGAGUUUUAUGAUGGAGACACGAUAAACUCAAGAGUCCUGAGCUCUCUGUCAGGCUUCCAAACAGGCGAGUCUCUGCCCUUGGCUACCUCCAACCAGGUGCUGGUACGCUUCAUCUCCACAGGAGCAGCCACUUCACGGGGAUUUCAUCUGCAUUACCAGGCCGUCCCCAGGACCAGCUCUACCCAGUGCCUUUCGAUUUCUGAUCCCAUGCAUGGCAGGCGGAUGGGUGACAUCUUCUCUGUGGGUGUGGUCAUCCGCUUUGAAUGCAACCGUGGCUUUGUGCUGGAGGGGGCCACAGCAAUUGAGUGUCUCACUAUCCCCGGUGCCUUAGCACAGUGGAAUGCCAGCACCCCCAGCUGUGUGGUUCCCUGCGGGGGAAACCUGACCCAGCGAACUGGCAUCAUUCUGUCCCCCGGCUUUCCAGAGACAUACCUGAACAACCUGAGCUGUGUGUGGACUAUUGCAGUUCCUCAGGGCUCUGGCAUUCAGAUUCAGGUCAUGAGCUUUGUGACCGAACUCCCCUGGGACUUCCUGGAGGUGUAUGACGGUGGACAUGACACAGACAUCCUUCUGGGCAAAUUCUCAGGUACGAAAGUCCCGGCUGUUCUGAACAGCACCUCUAACCAGCUCCGCCUGCAUUUCUCCUCUGACAGCAGUGCGUCAGCAGCCGGCUUCCAUCUGGAGUACAAAACAGUGUCAUUAAACAGCUGUCCCAAGCCGCCUGUGCCCAUGAACGGAGUGCUGCUGGGAGACAGCUUCCACACAGACAGCGUGGUGUCUUUCCAGUGUGAUCCAGGCUAUGCCCUGCAGGGGCGCUCUCAUGUGACCUGCAUGCCUGGGACGGUGAGGCGAUGGAACUUCCCUCCCCCUCUCUGCAUCGCGGAGUGUGGAGGGACCCGGGAAGAAAUGGUGGGCGUCGUCCUGAGUCCAGGUUUCCCAGGAAACUACCCUAGUAACAGUGACUGCUCCUGGGCGCUCCACCUGCCUGUGGGAUACGGUGCCCAUAUCCAGUUCCUCAACUUCUCCACGGAGGCCAACCAUGACUUCCUCGAGAUCCGCAAUGGCCCCUUUCAAAGCAGCUCUGUGAUUGGACGUUUCAGUGGGGACGGCGUCCCACCCACCGUUCUCUCCACCUCCCACGAGACUACGGUUUACUUCCGCAGCGAUCACUCCCAGAACAAACAGGGCUUUAGGCUGGAGUACCAAGCUUAUGAACUACACGAGUGUCCUGACCCAGAGCCCUUUGACCAUGGCAUGGUGAUGAGUACUGGCUACAUGGCGGGCCAGUCCAUCUCCUUCAUGUGCCACCCGGGGUACCAGCUGAUGGGCAACGCUGUCCUCACAUGUGGGCAUGGCAGCACUCGAGACUGGGACCACCCCCUGCCCAGGUGUGAAGCACCUUGUGGGGGGAACCUCACAUCGGAGAAUGGGACCAUCUUCUCCCCUGGGUAUCCAGGAGAGUAUCCCAGCUCUGCCUAUUGCACUUGGCUGAUCACCGUGGCAACAGGCCUGGGGGUGCAGCUCAGCUUUCCCCUCUUGCAGGUCCAUGGGCCUCAGGACUUCAUCACUGUCUGGGAUGUCUUCUGCCUGUCCCACAGGGACGGACCUCAGGAGACGUCCCGGAAACUAGGUCUGUUCAGUCAGGGGAAAUCAGCUGAGGCCCCCCGCAGUACCUCCAACCAGGUGCUGAUCCGUUUCCAUAGUGAUGCAGAGAAGGGUGGACUGUUCAGAAUCACCUACGAAGCCUACAGGUUAGAGUUCUGCCCACAGCCGCCGCCGGUACCCAAUGCAGAGGUGCUGAUGGUCAGCGGGGAGUUCAGGAUGGGGGACGUUGUUCGCUACAAGUGUAUGCCAGGCUACCGGCUAAGCGGGAGCGACAUCCUGACGUGUCGACUGGGGACACACCUGGAGUUUGAGGGGCCGCCACCCUCCUGUGAAGCAACUUGUCCCACAGAUGAGGUUCUGACAGACUCCACAGGGGUCAUUCUGAGUCAGUCUACAGCUGGGGGCUCCCUGCCCUUUCAGACCUGCUCCUGGAGGGUCCAGCUGCAACCUGGCUACACCAUUUACAUCACGGUGGAGCACUUCACUACGAGUUCACUUCUUGACCGCAUGGAGAUCUUUGACGGUCCAUCCAGUCAGAGCCCUCUCCUCAUCAGCCUGAAUGGCAACUACUCGUCCCCACUGAGCAUCACCAGUUCUUCGAAUAACAUCUACUUCUUAUGGUCCUCUGACCAGGAGUUUGUUCCCAAGGACUUCCUGAUUUGGUACUACGCUUCCUACUGCAGUGUUCCCCUGGCCCCAGCGAAUGGCUCAGUCCACAGCCUGACCGGCUCCAGUUUGGGCAGUACCGUGGGCUUCCGCUGUCACCGUGGUUUUCGCCUCGUCGGCCAAAGCAGCGCCACCUGCACCCGGGACUCCCAGGGCCUGUACCGGUGGAACGUGUCUGUACCCCUCUGCCAAGUGAUGUCCUGUGGUGUGCCACCGGCCCCAGAAAAUGGCACAGUAAUCGGCCGUGAUUUCAGCCUGGGAUCUCGAGUAUCCUACCAGUGCAAGCUGGGCUUCAGACUGGAAAGCCCUCAGGUGGCUCCUCUCGUAUGCCUGGAGGAUGGGACCUGGGGUCCUGACGCGAUGCCACCCCGCUGCAUUGCGGUGACCUGCCCAGAUACCAGGCACUUUGCAGUGCAUCAUGGGAGAUGGCGGCUUCUCUCCGGUAUCCACCAUCAGUAUGGUGCCACAAUGCUGCUCACCUGUGAUCCUGGCUAUCACUGCAGGGGACAGCGGGUCAUUCGCUGCCAAGGUGACGGCACCUGGGACAUCCCCGAGCCCCUGCCAACCUGUGAGAGAGUCUCGUGUGGGGAUCUGGCCUCCCCGUCCAAUGGGGAGAAGCUGGGGACACUAAGUGGUUAUGGAGCUACUGCCAUCUUCUCCUGCAACACAGGCUACACCCUCAUGGGCUCGCAGGUGCGGGAGUGCCUGGCCAGUGGCUUGUGGAGCGGAACCGAGGCCCACUGUAUAGCUGGCCACUGUGGUCCUCCAGAUCCUGUAGUAAAUGGCCAGAUGCUGGAGAAGAACUACAGCUACCAAGACAGCGUGGUAUAUCAGUGUAACCAGGGCUUCCGAAUCAUUGGCCAGUCUGUGCUCACCUGUGAGCAGAACCACACCUGGUCUGGAAGAGCUCCCACAUGUGUGCCUGUCUCCUGUGGCCACCCUGGAAACCCCACACAUGGCCUCACACAGGGUUCGCACUUUGAUCUCAACGACAUCGUGCGCUUUGUCUGCAAUAUCGGUUACGCUCUCGAGGGGGCGCUCCAAGCCCAGUGCCAGCCCAGCGGACAGUGGAGCAGCACCCUGCCGACAUGUAGCAUGACGUCCUGCUCGGACCCUGGUCAUGUGGAGCAUGGCACCCGUCAGGUUCUAUCCAGUGGAUCCCUCACCUUUGGCUUCCAGAGCAGCGUGUCCUACAGCUGUGACCCUGGGUACGAGCUGUUGGGCCUCAGCAUGCUCACCUGUCAGGGGGACGGCAGCUGGGAUCAAGUUUUGCCAACGUGCCUCCCAGAGGUGCAGUGUGUCCUCCCCAGACUGCCCCCGUACAUCCAGGUUUCAGGAGAGCGCCGCUCUCUGGGGGCUGUCAUCCGGUUCAGCUGCUUGGGGCUGCGAUCCCUCGUGGGGAACUCGACCCAGAUGUGCCAGUUGGAUGGUACCUGGAGCGGGUCUGUUCCACACUGUUCAGGCGGGACACAGGGAGUGUGUGGUGAUCCAGGGGUGCCGCUCCACGGGCUCCGUGUGGGGGCGGGGCUGGCGAUAGGCUCUACGCUACGUUUCAGCUGUGAACCGGGCCACAUCCUGGAGGGCUCUGCCCUGCGCCGCUGCCAGGCUGAUGGCACCUGGACCGGCACUCAGCCGCACUGCCGCGCGGUGUCCUGUGGCAAUCCGGGAACUCCUCGCAAUGGCCGGGUGCUCUUUCACGAUGGACUCGCCUUCUCUCACUCCGUCUCCUACUCUUGCCGCGAAGGUUACUACUCUGCUGGACCGCUGACCCGCCAUUGCGCAGCCAGUGGGACCUGGACCGGAAGCAUUCCGCUCUGCAGUGUGAUCAGCUGCGGUGACCCGGGUGUGCCGGCCAAUGGCGUUAGGCUUGGCGAUGACUUCACCUAUAACCGCAGCGUGACCUUCGGUUGCUCCCCGGGCUACGCCUUGGACAAUGACCGUGCUGCCAGCCUCACCUGCACCGAGGACCGCACCUGGAACGGGAGCAGGCCUGUCUGUAGAGCCAUCGUGUGCCGAGCACCUCCCAGCAUCCCUAAUGGCCAUGUGUUGGGCACCGACUUCCGCUGGGGCUCGACCGUGAGCUACUCUUGCAGCGAAGGCCACCGGCUCUCCUGGCCUGCUGUGCUUACCUGCCAGGGUACUGGAGAGUGGAGUGGACAGACACCUCACUGCCUCCCCAUGUCCUGCGGUGACCCCGGGGUUCCGGCUCAGGGAAGAAGGGAGGAGCGCGGCUUCACCUACCUCUCCUCUGUGACCUUCUCGUGUCCCGUCCCGCUCGUCUUGGUGGGGGCGCCCCGGCGCUACUGCCAGGCAGACGGCACAUGGAGUGGAGACCAGCCUUCCUGCAUCAAUCCCAGGCAGACCAGCUGUGUGGACCCAGGUGUCCCUUUGUUUGGACAUCAGAACAAUUCCCAAGGGUUUGAGAUCGGCCGGUCGCUCUUCUUCAGCUGUAGGAAAGGAUUCCUGCUUCAAGGCUCCACGUCUCGCACCUGUCAGGCGAACCUCACCUGGAGCGGCACUCAGCCCUGGUGUACAGCGCACCGCUGCCACCAACCGGAGCUGCCCCCCCAUGCCAACGUGCGUGCCCUGGAGAUACCCGCGCUGGGCUACACCCUGCUGUACACCUGUCAGCCCGGCUUUCUUCUGGCCGGCGGCUCGGAGCUCCGCACGUGUCGCUCGGACGGCAGCUGGACGGGCAAACGGCCGACGUGCACACCAAAUAACAGACCGAGUGACAAAAACCAUGAGCUGAUGGAGGAGGAGCUGCCCAGUUUCACACUGCCAGGGCCUGACGUCCUGUUCACCUCGAGCUCUCAGUGGAAGGGCUCCUAUGAAUACCUGGGGAAGAAGCAUCCAGCCAUGCUGGUGAUCACAGCCUUUCAGUCGCCCAGCAGCAGCAUCAGGGCGACUCUCACCGACCGCAGUGGGGUGGAGAUAAUAGUAGCAGGGAGCUACAGGCCGGAGGACUCACACCUCCUACUUGAGAUGCUGCACAUCCAGGGACCAGUGGAGAUGUUCCUCAGCAAGUUCAAGAGGGAUGGCUGGGCACUGGAUGGGCAUGUGUCCUACAUCACAUCCAGCCAGGCGUUCAUCUAUCAGGGCUUCGUCCGGGCUAAAGGUUUCGGCCGGUUUGGCCUGCAGAGGAUAGACGCGGUGAGUCAGAGGAAGGAAGGAAACUCCUCACCCCACAACUUCUCCCACAGCAGCUCCAUCGUAGCAGCUGUCCUGCUGCCCGUCAUGGCGCUGAGCAUCGCUGGGGUUGCGCUCUACCUGUACAAACACAGGAAAAGGCCCAGGGCUCCGUACCCAGGAUGCACGACCCACGAGAACAGCAACAGCAGGACCACCUUUGAGAACCCCGUGUACGACCAGCCCAGGCAGAGGCCUGCAGAGCCCCAGGUCGCCAUCAGCACGGUGUGCACCACGGUAUAACUCCUCAGGAUCCCAGUGACUGGCUACCGAGUCUGCGGAAGAUGGCCGUCAUACCACAUAUCUUCACCCAGAGCCCAUCCACCGCCGUGGUGUGUCCAGGUAUGGAGGAGUCGGUUGCCAGCUGGAGGAUGUGCUGCUGUCCGUAUAUCUCCGACUGUCAGCAGACACCUCAUGAGGAGCCGUGAGAAAGAGCACUCCCUGCUGGAGGGAGGUCCUCAGUACCUCACAGCAGAAAACGUGAGCAGGGUGGUCCUCGAGGGUCCUGGUCCCGUGGCAUUGUCUGAAGUGAGGGAAAGGCUGGCGUCCAUGAGUUCACUUGUCUUCUUCCGUCUUCUCACUGCCCCGCUGUCGGUGCAGUGGAUAUCAGUGUGACUGUGCAGAAGUCCUGACUGACACCUUCUAAUGCCCCCAUUUCAGCUGAACCGCCCAUGUAGCCCUGUUGUGACCUCUCUGCACACACAGCCUGUAGGUCUUCCACGACACACUUUUCCACCGUAGUCGUCCCCUGAGGGGUCGAACCCGUUUCUCCAACGCUCGGACGAGUUUCUUGGAGCCUGGAGUCCUGCUUGAGGUGUUGAUGUUUUUCGUGGCCCAGUGGAACCAUCCUUGUUCACACAAAGCAUUGUGGGAUUCCACCAUGUGAGGUGGGACCAUCAGGUUACAUGGGAUGAGGAUGAGUCCAGCAUGUGCAAAGAUGUACUGUGGGUGGACACUUCCUGUGUGGAGGGGCCUGGCUCGUGUCUCUGAGGAUCCACGGUCCACCUAUACUGGACUGUACUGUACUGCAGUGUACUGUACUGGACUGGAGUAUCCUAUACUGUACUGGAGUGAGUGUACUGUACUGGACCGGACUGCAUGCAGUAAAUUGAAAAGGUGUUUCUGGGACAUGCACAAUCUUUAUGUUUACCAUAUUUACCAUGUCUGAUCAUGUGCCCUGGAUUGUUUUGUAUUUAUAUUUUGAAAUUGUUCGCGCGGAACGUGUGCCGUGUCAGAGGUGGACCGAGGGCGACUGAGACGGGAUCUUGGCCAUCGUCUCCGUGCUGUGCUGUUUGCCGUCGACCAGAUGCGACUUAUGAGGAAUAUUUGUGAAUGUGACCUUCGGGCCAGAAAUGUGGGAAUGAGAAAAGAUUUUUUGU